GUCGGUUUUUGUUUUUGUUGCAAAGGAUAAACAGGAAAUUGAAAAUCUUGAAUAAAAAUAAAAAUAAAAAAAGUUGUGGCUGCAAAUUGCCUAUCAAUUUUCUUGUGUAUCCCCCCAUUUCCAUUAACCAAUCCUCUUCACUCAGGCUUCAUAUAUAGAAGAUAUUCAAUAAAAAAAAAAAAAAACAGAGGGAAUAAUCUUUACAAAAUAAUUAGUCAUUUGCACUAUUAUCCUCCAUUAAUAAUGCUUAAAACCUCCUUUGGUUGACAAAAUAGCCAGAAAGAUAAAACUUUUCACUUAGAAACCAAGAAUUCCGAGCCUUAUGGUAUAUAGUUAAGCAAAGAUAAAAUCUGGGUUUUUGUUUCGGGAGUUAUGUCUAGCAUAGUUUGGUUUAGAAGGGAUCUUAGAGUUGAAGAUAAUCCAGCACUCUUAGCUGGAGUUAGGGCAGGCCCUGUUUUUGCAGUUUUCAUAUGGGCACCUGAAGAAGAAGGCCAUUAUCAACCUGGAAGGGUUUCAAGAUGGUGGCUUAAACAUAGUUUGGCUCUUCUUGAUUCUUCUUUGAGGAGCCUGGGAACUUGUCUCAUCACAAAGAGAUCAACUGAUAGUGUUUCAUCUCUUCUCCAGAUUGUUAAAUCCACUGGUGCCACUCAGCUCUUCUUCAAUCACUUGUAUGAUCCUAUAUCUCUGGUUAGGGAUCAUCGAGCAAAGGAAGUAUUGACGGCCCAUGGUGUAGCAGUUCGAUCGUUCAAUGCAGAUUUGCUUUAUGAACCUUGGGAUGUAAAUGAUGAUAAUGGCCGCCCUUUCACUACUUUUAAUGCUUUCUGGGAAAAAUGCCUUAACAUGCCAUUUGACCCUGAGGCUCCUCUUCUUCCACCUAAAAGAAUAACUUCAGGUGAUGUGUUAACUUGCACUACGGAUGUGUUGGUGUUCGAAGAUGAAUUGGAGAAGGGAAGCAAUGCGCUUUUAGCUCGAGCAUGGUCACCAGGGUGGAGCAAUGCGGAUAAAGCUUUGACAACGUUCAUUAAUGGACCUUUAAUUGAGUACUCGAAGAACAGAAGAAAAGCUGAUAGUGCAACAACUUCAUUUCUUUCCCCCCAUUUGCAUUUUGGGGAGGUUAGUGUCCGAAAAGUCUUUCAUCUCGUCCGAAUGAAGCAGGUUUUAUGGGCUAAUGAAGGGAACAAAGCUGGUGAAGAGAGUGUAAACUUGUUUCUGAAGUCGAUUGGCUUGAGGGAAUACUCAAGAUACUUGAGUUUUAACCAUCCUUACAGCCAUGAAAGGCCUCUUCUCGGACAUCUUAAGUUUUUCCCUUGGGUUGUCAAUGAGGGUUAUUUCAAGGCAUGGAGACAAGGAAGAACAGGUUAUCCAUUGGUGGAUGCUGGCAUGAGAGAGUUAUGGGCCACUGGUUGGCUGCAUGAUCGUAUUCGAGUUGUUGUAUCGAGUUUUUUUGUCAAAGUUUUGCAGCUCCCAUGGAGAUGGGGUAUGAAGUAUUUCUGGGAUACUCUCUUGGAUGCAGAUUUAGAAAGCGAUGCUCUCGGUUGGCAGUAUAUAUCCGGUACUCUCCCGGAUGGUCGUGAGUUCGACCGCAUCGAUAAUCCGCAGUUUGAAGGUUACAAAUUCGAUCCGAAUGGAGAAUAUGUCCGUCGGUGGCUUCCAGAACUUGCAAGACUACCAACUGAUUGGAUUCACCAUCCAUGGAAUGCUCCUGAAUCUGUACUCCAAGCUGCUGGCAUCGAGCUCGGGUCAAAUUACCCUCUGCCUAUUGUAGGAAUAGAUGCUGCAAAAUCCAGGUUGCAAGAAGCACUUUCAGAGAUGUGGCAACUAGAAGCAUCUUCAAGAGCUGCAAUCGAGAAUGGAACUGAGGAAGGCCUCGGAGACUCUUCCGAGUCAGUGCCAUUUGCAUUUCCGCAAGACAUACAAAUGGAGGAAAACAUUGAACCAGCUAGGAACAAUGCUCCAGCUACAACACGGAGAUAUGAGGAUCAGAUGGUUCCUAGCAUCACUUCUUCCUUGUUGAGAGGUGAACAUGAAGAGUCUUCUUUGUAUCUUAGAUCUUCAGCAGAAGAUAGCAGAGCAGAAGUUCCAGGAACUGUAAAUAUAAAUCGAGAACAACGGAGAGACAUUUUAAACCAAGCGAUUCCAGAAACAGCACGCAACCUGCAACUUAACUUCCCGAUCGGGUUGAGAAAUGCUGAGGAUUCCACAGCAGAAUCAUCUAGUAGUAGUAGGAGAGAAAGGGAUGGCGGAGUUGUUCCAGUUUGGUCCCCGCCAUCUUCGAGUUACCCCGAGCAAUUUAUAAGUGAGGAAAGUGGUAUCGGUGCAAGCUCAUCUUUUCUUCAAGGGCAUCCACAGUCCCACCAAAUCAUAAAUUGGAGGCGAUUAUCUCAAACCGGGUAAAACGAAUGCACGCCAAAGGCAGGGACCUAGUACUUGCAGAACGCUCAGUCUAGUGGCUGGAUUGGACGAUAACAUGGCAUGUUAUCAACCCCAUGUAUUGUCCACCAAUCUAACUCGAUCUGCAGCCAACUCGGGAGUUGGGUGAAUGAUCAGCUAUCCAAUGUUCUACCAUACGCAUAGCUCUGCUGUAUAGUGUGUUGUCUCCUUUAUAUAAAAGGGUAGAUGAGAUUCAUGGUAGAAAUGUUGUAAUCCUGGAAUAAAAACAGGCUUCUGUGUAUUUACUUUUUAACUGACUAGGAAGUUGUAUUGUAUAACUCAUUCCUAGUGCUCCCUCUUUUUCUUUUCUUUUUAUUUAAUUACUUAUGUUUGUCAUUUUUACCGUCAAAUUUUCGGAUAUAAAUUUAAAAGGAGUUAGGGCUUUCCAAGAAUAUUAAA